UAUACAUACAUACAUAUGAAUAUUAAAAAUAAUAAGAACGGGAAACAUAAAAGUGAAGUACCAUAAAAGGUUAUGAACAAAAGUUUUGAAAACCUAUUACAAAACAGCGGCGACGGCGGCGACAUGUCCUCCGAACGUCAGUCGUCAGAGGAUGUACAUGAAUCCACAGAGGAUGCAGGCUUGGAUGUUGGUGAUGAUUUUAACGAUGACAACAACUUCGAAUCGAAUCUCCGGAGGCGCAAAGGCAAAAUUAUAUCCUGCGCCAAGGAAACGAUUGAAAAUGCUUCCCGCCAAUUACGUCGAAAAGUACCAUAUGCUGGGCACCUAAUGACCCCACGCCGCCUCUGGUUAAAUAAAAUACCAACACAAUGUGAUGUUGUCAUUGAGUUUCCGCAAGAUGCGCCCGAUGAGGCGCUACGGUGGCUUUUGGCACGACUACGGUCUCAACCACCAUCGGGACUAGGUUUGGUGGUACAAGUGAAGGCUCAUGAAAGUACGCGACGGAACGCGUUCUACGUCAGUGCACCAACAAAUGUUUUAUUUAAAGCCGCCGAAGAAGCACGUCUACCGAAACGAUUACGUCCUGAUCUAGGAGGUGCCUUACGUGAAUUCACGACACGCGAAAGCCAUUGUUUUCAACAACUAAAAACCGAAGAUGGGAACAGUGCACUUUUCACCUCACAAGAACGCCAAUGGCUUGUUUUGCAGGUAUUGCAAGGCCUCCGUGCCAGUCAGACGGACAUUGAGGCGUUACAUGGACGUGCCGCUGUGGCUGAAGGACAAAGCAUUGUGGCCGCCUGGCAAGAGACCGGCCUAAUUGUGCAGGUGUUCCCAUUACACGAAACGCGCUCAUUGGCACUGCUACAAAACAGUUGGGUGAAACAAAUUUUUUCUUCGCAACCACUUGACGACAUUGCAGAGUACUUUGGUGUUAAAGUGGCGUUGUACUUUGCUUGGCUGGGUCAUUACACGUGCGCCUUAGGAGUUCCAGCCGUAUUUGGAACAAUAUUGUACGCGUCACUAUGGGGUAAAGGACAAACAGCGCAGGAUAUGGGACACGUUAUUUUUUCCCUAUUCAAUGUUGCAUGGGCUUCGUUGUAUUUGGAAGCAUGGAAACGAUACUCCGUGGAACUGGCAUUUCGUUGGGGCACCUUAUCGACACCACCAGAAUUACUUGAACCCCCUAGACCGCUUUAUAAGGGUACUUUAGUAGAAAAUAACGUAACUGGACGUCUAGAACCGAAGGAAGCUCCCGCGUGGAAACGGCGUGCUUUUCGUUAUUUAGUUAGUUUUCCUGUUAUUGGGAUGUGUUUGGCUCUGGUUUUUGUAGUUAUGUUCCUGAUGUUACGUUUCCAGGAUUGGUGGGAUUCCAAACUUCCGGAAGAAAGCAUUCUAUGUUGUUUGAGUGUAAUACCAAAGAUUUUAUUGGCGGGUGCAAUAACAUUAAUGGACGAGGCAUAUUAUAAACUGGCUGUAUGGCUGAAUGAUCAUGAGAACUAUCGCCUUCAGUCUAAAUACGAAAAUCAUCUUAUAGCAAAAGUUGCACUUUUCCAGUUUGUCAACUCCUUUUUGUCAUUAUUCUAUAUUGCCUUUUACUUACGGGAUGAGGAUAAACUAAAAGAACAACUGGCAGGUUUACUAAUUUCACGCCAAAUUAUUGGCAACCUCCGCGAAUCGGCAAUACCUUACUUCAUUGAGCAGUGGAAACUUGCCAAAUUGAGCUUUAACAUGUGGGGCGCAUUAAGUCCUACACAGGAUAUCAAUCGCACCAUAAUGGACUCUGGAGAUUUAACGACAACAACGACUACGGCAUCGACUACAGAGGAAAAACUUAAAAUGGACAUACCGCAACAGACACCUACGAAACAUGAAGCAAGUACUCCACGUCUGGAACCGAGUUUGACAGGAACAACAACAUCAGCGAGCAAACGAAACAUUGGGCAAGCGGAAAUAGAAAGUACUCUGUACAAAUACGAUGGCACAUUUUCCGACCAUUUAGAGAUGCUGGUGCAGAUGGGUUACGUAGUUCUUUUUUCAGCAGCGUUUCCACUUGCCGGCAUAUGUGCUCUAAUUAACAAUUUUAUGGAGAUACGUUCGGAUGCUUUUAAGUUGGCGCAUGUGCACCAACGACCUUUCGGGCAGCGUGUGGCCAACAUUGGAACAUGGCAAAAUGCAUUCAGUAUUCUGUCAUUGGCUGCUGUCAUAGUUAAUUGUGCGUUGAUUGGACUAUCUGGGCAAGUCUCACGUUUGUGGCCAGGCCUAACGACCGCCCAAACAAUUAUCUUAAUUGUCACAUUGGAGCAUAUUAUGUUGGGCUUGCGUUCUGCACUGACAUGGCUACUGCCAGAAUUGCCGUUUUGGUUGGCGGCAGAAAUUGCACGCGCGGAACAUUGUCGUAGAGAGAUGCAAUGCAAAGGAACUUCACCGCGGCCUACGCCACCGACCCCGACGUCGACUACUUCCACACAGCCGGAUCAGGAAGCUUCAAACUUAGAGGGCACUACUACUAGUGAACAAUCGAUAGAAAAUCAAAUGGCUGAGGAUAUUUUUUAUCAGAAACAGUUACGCCAAACUACUAACUAUCCACAAAUAGAUGAAAUCACCAAUUUUGGCCUACAACGCAAUAUCGAAGCAGAUGUGAACAUAUUCGAGAAUCGCGACUCAUCUCCAGAUUCGCCACCAUCACAAACGAGCACCAUACUGAUAAGACCUUUACAUGAAUCAACGCCUCCUAACAGUGGAUCGUCCGCGACAAGUUUAAUACAAGAUAGCGGUCAUGGUCAUGGCGGAACUUCUCUAAGCAGUGCAAGCACCUUGGCAUUAAAUAUUACCCGCCAGCCCAUACAUAUUCCAGAAAUACCGCCAUUCCGGAAAAAAUCAAGUGACUCCGCUGAACAUACUGGUAGCAGUGCUAGCAGUAGUCCACAGCGUUCCAGGCAGCCGCUUAUUUCAACACCUCCACCCAUUUUGCAGCAUCAACCCACAAAAAUAGCGGAAAUACCACCUUAUAAACAACGCAAAAUUUCCGCUGAAAGUGCCACACAUUUACAUAUGAGUGAUAAACUAAUGCUUAAGUCACAUGCACCCGAGUGGAUGUCUCGCUUGAAGGUCAGCGAUAAUAUAAACUUGCAUAGGAGUAUAGAUUGCAUAGCAAAGGAGUUACAAAGUAAUAUAGAUACAACGGAUAUUUUAAAGCCCGCACCGUCUUGGAGUAACGUCGCAAUAAAGUCCCCAUCACAGCAGCAAGUAGCUGCUUCUUCAUCUUCGUCGUCUGCUGGUGGUGGUAGUGCCGGUAGUGCUAGCGGCAUUGCAGGAAGCACUGGCAUUACUGGUCGUGCAUUUGACAGUAGCCGGCCUAGUAUGGGCGCCAUUUCCACAACGUCUACGUCAUCGAAGAAAAUUACUGACAACAUAAAAGACUCCGCUUCAACAGAUUUGGGCACAAACAGAGGUAGCACGAGCGGUGUAGGUGCAGGAAGCACAACACAGAGUGGCAGUGCAGACGACGAGGCGAGAGCAGCGGAGAUUGCAGCCAAAAAGUCGCGUUUAAAGCAAAAGCUGGUAAAAAGUGCGAGAUCGGUUGGCAUUUUCUCACUGAAGCUGAAAGAGCGGCGGCAGCGUGAAGCGGAGAAGGCUGCAAAUAUUGCCAUUGAACAUGCCAAGGCUUUGGCUAAAUUACCACCCAUACCGCAACCAGGCGGUGAGCUGUCAUUGAUACCGAUUGAACAACUAAUACAAAUAGAAGAUAUAAAACCGACAACAAAACCACUACCCACCACUUUGUCAACAACAACGGCGUCAGCGCCGACAUCCUCGUCCGGUGCAGUGACCUCGCCACAAAUAGUGACACCAUCAUCAAGCGCAUUAGCGGCGGCGAUGCAGCAAUUCCAGAGUUCGGGAAAUCACUGAAUAGUAAAUUUUGGAACCGAAUUCUCACGCGAUACUAACUAAUGCGAUAAACAAACAAUAUUACAAGCAUACUUACAGUUGUAAAUACCUAACUACAUAUAAAAUACGAGUACUACAACAUUUUUGAAAUUUUCAUACAAAAAUACUCGAAUGUUCAAAUACGUGUGAAAGUGUAUUGAUAGCUACAAAUGUCCAUUGAAAACCUUCAUAUUCAAGAAAUCUUGCAACAUUAAGCACAAAUGCAAUACACUAAUACUAGCAUACAUUCAAAUAUAUACAUACCUAUACAUACAUACGCAGUCCACAACUACAUUUUGCACUCUGAAAUGGUUUUACAAAUUUUAAAGCUUCUUUAAAAUCACUCAGUUUUAGCAUAAAUAUAUGUAGGUAUAAAUGCUUAUGUACAAAAACAAAUAAAUGCAUCAACGAUAUUUCUAAUUAUAAUAUUUAGUGUUCGUUACAUGCAAAUCUAAGUCAAUUUACUUAUUUAUUUAAUAAUAAUCUAGAAAUACAACAUUUUUUACACACUAUUAAGCACAUGAAAGCUGUACGAUUAAAUUCUAUUUAAACAUUUUAUUUAGAAGUAAUUUAAACUAAUUUAAAGAUGAAAAAUCCAAAUCUAAAAAAAAUUGAGAUCAAAUUAAGUUCUCUGAAGGCUCUAAGCAUGGGAGCAUAAUAGGAAUAGUAAUCGUGAUUCGCUCUAAAAACAAAAAAAUAUUAUGAUUCCGAACAUUUUUUAUGGAAUGUGAAACUAAGUGCGCCCAAGAAGAGGUGGAGAGUCAAUCGCACCACUUGUGAUAUCAAAAAAGAGAGAGAGAGAGUGAAAGAGUGGUUCCUCCAUUUUACAAAGAGUUUAAAUUGUUCACUCAACAUCUCGAAUACGAUCCCUCCAUGGUUAACAAAAUUUAACCGAAAAAUCAUGUUGCAAAUGAUGGUCUUAGUGCAACUACUAUAUUUUUAUCUGAUUUCCUACACCGUGGAAGUUAACCGAUUUUAGCGUCCUGCGUUCGCACAACAAAAACAGAAGAAGUAGGGGGGGGGCAGAUAAUAAUAAUCAAGGAUGAUAGAUAUACCAGGCUUUCGCUUCAGCUAUAAAAAAAGAAAAUUGAAUGAGUAAUGAAUAGGAAGCGAGCCUCCCCAGGUACUCGACAGUCGAAUUCUGCCCGCUCAUUUCACACGUAUUCACACACUCGUCCAAUCAGUUGUUGUUCAGACGCCAUCGAAGUAAAAUGAGCCAACACUGUGUUGAUUUAUUUUCGUAUACAACCAACCCAAUCUCAGUUAUUUAUUUAUUUGAACAAUUUAAGCAAAUCGCGGUCAUAACCCCAGUAACGUCAGUCCGCCAGCUGAUUCUGUCAAAUUCGCUGAGAGCCGGUUAACGGUCGGAUAUUGGCCACGCCUUCCGAAUUUUAUUCACCACUAGCUGUACCCGGCGCGCAUUGCUACGCCAACAACUAAAAUAAAUUUAAGAAAAAUAACUUUAAAGAAAAAUCAAUUAUAUUCAAUUCAUUCUAAACCAUUUUAUUGAUUUUGUUUAUUUCGAAAAAAUUGUUACAUUACAAAGUUGAGUUUUAAUAAACAUCGAAUGAAGUGCUGUGGGGUACACAAUAUUUCUUGUUCUUCCAUUUGGUGCGUAGACGAAUAAAUCCGAAGGUUUUCCGACACGUGAGCAAGGCACAUAGAGCAGUCCACACUUGUAACGAUUGUCCUUGUGCUUUGUUAAUAGUCCUUGCGAAAGCGAGUCGCACCGGGAACUGUAAACGUUUGAAUUCGAAUGGCAUGUCUGUCGGAAUCAUUUUCACCUUUGAAUUUUCCAGUCAAAAUUGUUGCCUCGAUAACAUUGUUCAUCAUUUUCUUGACUGAGAGUCUGGUUCCAUUGCAAAGUCGUAGUGGAUUUAUGUUUCGAAGAAGAAUGAUGGGUACCCCAAUUUUCAAUCUAAGAACGUGCGGCGGCAUGCCUGGCAAAUCAAACGAAUCAAAGAAUUCAGUUGGAUAGUUGACAACCUCGUCUUGAUUCUCCACAGUAUCGGUGGGCUUAUAUGUUGUCGUUUCACUGGGUAUUCCAUGCUGAAUGGUGAAGUUGAUGGUAUUGACAUCGAUAUUUUUGGCUGCUAAUAUGACCAUGUGCGCGAACGUAUGUCAUCGCAUCUUGUACGCAUUCAUGCAUGUGCCGUGGACUCCCCGUGAAUGGAGACGGUAAUAUGACCACUAUUCCCAAUUCGUUUGGAUUGACGUUACCAUCAUUAACGAUUGCGUCUCGGUUUGAUUCAAUCGAAUAUAUAGGAGCCGUUCGGUUUAAAUCUUCGCGUACAUCUCGACGAAUAUUGAUGUCGAGUUACAUCUAUGAACAUGUCAUAUUCGUUUUCUUUGUGUAAAAAUACAUGGUCAUACUAAUUUUUAUGACAAUCGGUUGAACGGGGUAGAAGUUGGUACUCUGCAGCGCCACCUGGUGGCGAGUGCAUCAAUGAGCAUAUUCUACAAACCUUCUCCGUGGAAAGUACAUAUAUAUACCAAUUUUUAAAUUACUCGGUCCAGGAGUUUUUGAGUUCAUCGAUGACAUUACGACAAACAUUCAUUUUUAUAUAUAAAGAAGAUUAUAAUAAUCAACUUAAGCGCACGCACUGAGUCUUGGUGAAAGAUGUAUGGGCUGUCACCGCAGACACUAUCGAAGUGGAUUGGCAUUACUGUUUUUAGAACCAUAAAUCGAGGUGCAGAAUUCACUCAAAAUCUUUGAGUACAGAAGCGUCAAACCAUAAAAGUGACUGGAAACAUUGUGUGCAUGACGAUAGGAACCUCUGCAGGAUUGGAACAUAGCCAUCUGUCAUUCUCGGCAUUUCGUCAGAAACAAAAACCAUAACAUCUCAGGCGCUUCAAGUAGUUUAAUUUUGUUUAGAAGACGUUUUGAGCGUAUAACUCGCUGUUAUCAUGUUUGCUCCGCCAUAAACUGUCUUCUGCGCAUAGCGUAGGAUUUAUACAGGAAACCUUCGUUAACAACUCGAAGGAUAAGACCCUCAGAAAUAUUAAGCUUCCUCAUUGAUUUUAAAGGGUCCUCGUCAAUAAUCGCUUCUUCUUCUUAAUUGGCGCGAUAACCGCUUAAGCGAUUUUAGCCGAGUUUAUCAAAGCGCGCCAGUUGUUUUUUUCUCAUGCUAACCGAUGCCAGUUGGAAACAACAAGUAAAGACAAGUCUUCCUCCACCUGAUCUUUCCAACGCAGAGGAGGCCUUCUUCUUUCUCUGUUACCACCAGCCAGCGAAGUCGCUGGAUCUGAUCUUUAUUCGCUGUACUAUGUCUAUGUUGUCGGAAAGCUCAUUGUUCCAUCGCCUGAGAUUCUUUGAAAACUUAUAAUUGUUGUUUUGGCUUUAUAAGGUGGUAAUAGUGAUUAUUUGGACUAUUUUUGAUUUGGAUUAAAAUAAUCUCUUCAAAUUUGAAGUACAUCCGGGUUAAACGGUUCUAACCAUUUGUUGGACAUUUUCUCUAUGGGCAUAGCAAAUUAUUUUCCUGUGCUUGCUAAGUUCCAGUCACUCGCACCUACUACUUACUCACUUACACAUACUUAUAUACUAUACAUACAUACAUAAGUGACUUACAGUUGUAAACGAAAUUUACAUUAAUUUAAGCAUACAUUGAAAAUAUAAAUGAAGCCAGUAAAACAUACCUACUUAUGUAUACGUAUGUAUUGUGCAUGCAUUUGUGAAAGAAAAUGCUGUAAAUGUUUGCGCAUAGUAGCAAUUAUAGAAUAUAUAUAUAUGUAGGUUGUGUAUGCAUACAUACAUACCAACGCAAUUUAUAGUUAGUAUUGAAGUUUACAUAAGGUACAUAGCAUAUGCUGUAUUCUUUUGCAACCGACCUGCAAAAGAAUACAGCAAACAUACAAUAAUGCUGAACAAAUUUAAAACUCGCUUUAAUAUUGUUAUUCCUGUAUGUAUGUAUGUACUUGAAUCAUACAUACAAAUGUUCAAGCUGCAUUGCUGUGGUUAUGAGUGAAAAAUGAAAGCUUUGUAAGACCUAUUUUUAGAAAGUAAAAGUAUAUACUUAGAAUUAUAAUUAUAUUUUAACUACAACCAUUACUUAUAUUUGUAGUAAGUAGUACCUACAGAUUAUACAUGUGUUUCUACGAAUAUACGAGUAUAUUUGGGAACAUAAAAACCGUAGUAUAGGAUUAGCGGAUAAACAAAAGAGUACAUACAAACAUAUACAUGUACUUAUGAUUACAAAGAAAUUCACAUUCACAUUAAAGAAAAACAACGACGAAAAAAUAUUAAAAAAAUUAAGACUAAAUUGUAAAUAAUUAGUUUAUCUAUAAGUUUUUGUGUUGUUUACAAGAAUAAAAAAUAAAACAAAACCAACAGC